AUGAGGAAGCCCAUGUUUGAGGACAUUGGCCAGUGCCCCCUGAAUACCUUGGAAAUAUUUUCCUCAUCCAUAAACCUGAUAGAUGACUCUGCCUUUUCUGAUCUGCAGAACCUGAGAGAGCUUCUGGUGAAAGAGUCCUCAAUAAAAACUGUUCACCCGAAUGCUUUAAUGAAACUGCAUGCCCUUGAGUCCUUGAUCCUAGAGGGGUGUUCGCUGGACCAGAUCCCAUCUGGUGUCCUGGACUCCCUGACCAACCUGCAGGUUCUUAAUUUAAGAAGAAACAUGCUGCAGACCCUCCCAGCAGAGCUGUUCAAAUACAAUGGGAAGUUGCUCCACAUCAACCUCAGUCUCAACCGUCUCCAGACUCUGCCCGAAGGCAUCUUCAGACUCUUCCUGUCCACUCUUUACGUGAACCUCAGCGGGAACUAUUUCACUUGCGACUGCAGCCUGGCCUGGGCUUCUUUCUGGGUGAAGUCCCUGGGAAACACAACCAAUGCAGAGGAUUUCAUGUGCUUCGCCCCUGUAGAGCUUCGUGGCAAGCAUUUGAAGGAUUUUAAUCCCAUAUGCAUUCCUGAAUAUGUAUGGUAUAUUCUCAUAGUCAUCCUCGGAAUGACUGUCUUGUCGACUGUGGCUGUCCUGCUUUAUGUGUACCGUUGGAAGAUCUACUAUCAGUGGUACCUGCUGUUGUCCAAGAGGAAAGACACAGAAGUCUGGGAGAACAACCCCAGGUUUAAGUAUGAUGCUUUUGUUGCCUACUGCGAGAGGGAUUUUGAAUGGGUAAUCCACGAGUUGAUUCCCAACCUAGAGAACAACGCCGGUCUUCCGAACGUGAAGCUGUGUGUGUCGGACAGAGACUGGGACCUGGAAGGCAACAUCCUGGACAACGUGGAGAGCAGCAUUCAGAGAAGCAGGAGGACCAUCUGCGUGAUAUCCACGAACUUCCUGAAGAGUGAGUGGUGCAAGCUGGAAAUGAGCCUGGCACACAUGCAGCUCUUCUCAGAGAACAGAGAUGUCUUGGUUUUCAUAUUCUUGGAGAAGAUCCCUGUUGAAAGGUUGUCCCAGCACCAGAAGCUCCGCAGGGAAAUGUGUAAGAAAUCCUGCCUCGACUGGCCAGGAGGAGAAACAACUGCUCAGAAAGUCUUCUGGGAGAAACUCAGAUCUCUCAUUUUCAAAAACCCUGUGGUCCAACAAAUUUAA